AUGAAGGCUCAUGGGUCGCGACUCUUGAGCGCCUCAACCGCUUUUCUACUUUUCCUUUUCGUUACUCCGCCUGCUGCUUCUGCCGAUGAACCAACUGAUGAAAUCGUAAAAUCCGAACCUUCAAAAGAGAUUCUGAAUCACAAAGAGGAGAUCCUGCAAGAACUUGAAAAAAUAGUUGAAUCGGACAGAGAAGAUCCUGAAUCGGAAGAGAUUUUGAAAGAAAUGGUGUUUCCGGAUUCCGAAAUGGAAAUUUUAGUAACCGGUGGCGCAGGAUUUAUCGGUUCUCACACAGUUGUCGAGCUCCUGGAAGCCGGCCAUCACGUGACAGUUAUCGACGAUUGCAGUAACACCGCUCCUCCAACACGAGCUGGUGGCAUUCCUCCUUCCCUCGAACGCGUGCAACAAAUCGUUGGACCAAUUGCCGCGAAGAGGCUAAAAUUUGUCCUUGGAGAUGUUACGGAUCCACAAGACUUGGACUUUGCUUUUGGUCAUUCAAAGAAACACGCCGUCAUUCACUUCGCAGGACUCAAAGCUGUUGGAGAAUCGAAAGAAAAACCGCUUAGUUAG